AUGCGGACGUACAGCAUCCUCGCAGCAUGCCUGGCCAGUAGUGCGUACGCCUGGCAUCUCCAAAUCCACAAUCAAAUCGCUUUCAUGGCAGAAAGACUCCUCACUCCUGAAGCAUCGAGCAUCGCGGCCCGGAUUCUCGAUCCAAAAUAUUGCGGCUCGAUUGGGAAAGCUGCAGCAUGGGCCGACACGGUCCGGAAAGUCGGAGCGCCCUACUCCUAUAACUGGCAUUUCAUUGAUUUGCACGAAAAUGUAUCCACUUCGAACUGCUCGAAUCGCUGGGACGGCGUUUGCGACGACGGUGAUUGUGUUGUAGCCCAGAUCGCCAACCAGACGGCUAUCCUCACACACUGCGUCCGACGCCUGAAGGGUGGCAGCUACCAACCCGACGUGGACUGCCAGCAGGCUCUCAUGUGGGUUGUGCAUUUCAUCGGUGAUGUAGCGCAGCCGCUGCACACGUCCGGGACCGCUCAAGGCGGGAAUCUCGUCAAGGUCUUGUUCAACGGCACCGCAACGAAUCUGCAUGAUGUGAGUUGGCCAUUAUCCCAAACAGGGAAAGAAUGGCUAACAGUUCGAGGAUAGGUCUGGGAUCGUCUGAUACUCUACUCUGGCACAAAUCGGACAGGAGACUUCUCCGACAAGGAAUUGGAUCCAUACUUUGCCGCUCUGCUGCAACGCAUCAACCACGACUCUCUCCCCGUUGCUCGCAACCAUUGGGCACGUUGUGAUUUCGAGAUAAGCAAAGGUGACCACUGUCCAAAGCGCUGGGCCGAAGACUCGCACGCUCUGGUCUGCAAUGCAGUCUAUCACAUGCCAUUCUCCAACACCACAGACCUAAUGAAUACCGGAUACGCGAGAGAUGCUUUCCCAACCGCCGAGCUCCAACUGGCCAAAGCCGCGUGGAGGCUGGCGGGAUGGCUGAACCAUCUGGUCACCUACACUCCAGUCGACUUCGAAGUUGCUUCCAAUGAGCAUCAGGUAGUUCUUGAAGCUCGAUGA